GCUCGAGGUCUGGAUCUGUCCCGGGUCCGGGCCUGUGUCGUGGUGGCGGAGGAGAGGCCUCGGAUGUCGCUGACUCACUCCUUCUCGAAGCUCUUCAAAGAUCUCGGCCUCCACCCGCGAUCCGUCAGCACGGCCUUCGGCUGCAGAGUCAACCUGGCCAUCUGCCUGCAGGGCACGUCAGGACCGGACCCCACUACUGUGUAUGUAGACAUGAGGGCGCUGCGCCACGACAGGGUUCGGCUGGUGGAGAGAGGUUCUCCUCACAGUCUGCCCCUCAUGGAGUCUGGCAAGAUCCUGCCUGGAGUUCGCAUCAUCAUCGCCAACCCGGAGACCAAAGGGCCGCUGGGAGACUCGCAUCUCGGAGAGAUCUGGGUCCACAGCGCCCACAACGGCAGCGGCUACUACAGCGGCUACGGCGAGGAGGUCCUCCAGUCGGACCACUUCAACUCCAGGCUCAGCUUCGGAGACACUCAGACAGUCUGGGCCAGAACCGGAUACCUGGGUUUCCUCCGUCGCACCGAGCUCACCGACGCCAACGGAGAGAGACACGACGCCCUGUUCGUGGUCGGAGCUCUGGAGGAGGCCAUGGAGCUGAGGGGGAUGAGGUACCACCCCAUCGACAUCGAGACCUCCGUCAUCCGCGCGCACAAGAGCAUCAUGGAGUGUGCGGUCUUCCCCUGGACCAACCUGCUGGUGGUGGUGGUGGAGCUGGAGGGCUCCGAGCAGGAAGCCCUGGACCUGGUUCCCAUGGUGACCAAGGCGGUGCUGGAGGAGCACUACCUGAUCGUGGGCGUCGUCGUGGUGACGGACAUCGGCGUCAUCCCCAUCAACUCGCGCGGCGAGAAACAGCGCAUGCACCUCCGCGACGGCUUCUUACAAGACCAGCUAGACCCCAUCUACGUGGCCUACAACAUGUAGCCUGAGUGUGUUACUGUGUGUGUUACCGUGUGUGUCCGGGUGCGUGUUUGUGUGUGUGUGUGCAGGACGGAGAGAGAGAGAGGGAGCGAGCGAGCAUGCGUUUGUAUGCUGUGGAUAUUGCCGUUGUUGUUCAUUUAUUUCCCAAAAUCAAGAUGUACUGUAUUUUUGAACCUGCAUAUGGUGUGGUCUUAAAUCGUCUGUUUUCUUUAAA